AUGGGCCCGUCACUUUGCCCCAGAUCCUGUCGGGCGCUCAUGGAAAACGGCGGCGUGACCUUCGGGGUGCACGACUUCCGGCAGCAGGGGCGCACGCGCGAGGAGUACCAUGGCCUGCUCUCGUCCCAGGCGGGCGACACGCGGAACCGGAUCUUCAACGUAGACUCUGGCGCGAGCACCUUCAACAUGAACUCGCGCGCACGGAGCCUCGGGCUCCCAGGUGCACACCCAAAGGGCGAGUACUCGGGGACAAGGUCAUUUGUGCCAUCGAGCCUGCCAACGGAGACUGCUUGGCCGAAAAGCUGCGCCGGAGGCUUCUGCUUCGAGUGGCAGGGCUCCUAUGACGACGCGGAGCGGCACCGGAGGGCCCAAGGCCUAGGCAGGAACAUCGUUGGCCACGUGACCAUUAAGGACGGCAGGGUGUACCAGGGCACGCGGGCCAGCUUUUCGCGGCUCGCCUGGAAAGAGUCGAGCCCCGGGGCGCGCGCACCCGUGCAGCCCAAGAAGGCGUAG